AUGUCCGAAUCGAAAAAUAUUUCCGAUUUUCUAAACGGAAAACCCCAGAUUCAGCCAGUUGAGCAGUCGUCGCUGUUGUCAAGACUACGAACGUUCCUUCCACAAAUGGAAGAAGCGAAUCAGAAUAUGCCGGCGGGCGCCACAGCAGACGCCUUUCAAAUCGAUACAGUCGAAGAAUCCUCUUCUGACGACUCCAGUGAUUCAGAUUCGGAUUUAGAAGACGUCGCGAAGGAUUCAGAAUCUGGAGCAGAAUCUCAAAAAUCCAGAAUCGAAAUCGAUUUGGAUGUGUUUCGAGAGAAGAAUAGUGCUGUAGAUGGGCGGGAUGUUAGUGUUCAGGACGUGGAAUCUCUGCCCACGGCGUUUCAGGUGAAGGAUUCAGAAGACGUGACGAUGGGAGCAAAGAAGCCGUUAAUUGAGGAAAUUUGA